AACUGGAGUGGAACGCACCCCAGGCUGAGAGACGACUCAAGUAAUUUACUCUGUGAGUGCUGCUUACCAAAUGCAUGUCAGAUAUGGACAAGAUUUUGGUGCUGUUUCUCCUUUUAAUUCCAGCCGCUUCUGCAGAAGGCUCUCAUUCUAUAUCAGCACUUUUAACUUACCAUGAAGGAAAAACACCUUUCCCUAAAUUAAGUAUUCUAUCAAUGUUGGAUGAUGUCACCCUUAUGUAUUAUAAUGGUGAGACGAAUACUAUAUUUUACAGAGGAAAUACAACAAAUGAAGAUACAUUACUUAAUCCAGCUGAAUACACAAGCAUAAUUGACUUCAUAUACAUCCAAUGGGUAACAGUAACAGCAUACUUAAAUAACACUCCAGGUAUUCUUACUUUUCAAAGACUGGUUUUGUGUGAGCUGAAGGACAAUGGUGAACCGGGACAAAUGAUCAUAGCAGAUGCUUUCCAAGGAUCCACACUAGAUGAGUUACAUUGGUACAAUGGUACUAUAAAAUAUACAUCCCAGCUGGAGACAGAUUUUGAAAAGCGUGUUAACGUUCCAAAGGCGGUUUUUGAAAAUGUCUAUUACCCACUUUGCAUUAAAACUCUAAAGGUCUACCUUGAAAAAAGGCGAAAUCAAGUAAACAGGAGAGUGAAACCCAAAGUCCAUAUUAUCCAAAAUCUUUCGGGGUCUCGGGUGAUGUGUCUGGCAACAGGAUUUUACCCUCGUCACAUCAACCUGACCCUGUUCAGAGAUGGACAGCAAGUAUCUGAUUAUGACAUCACCGGAGGAGAUCUGCUGCCCAAUGAUGAUGGGACGUACCAGAUGAGGAAGAUCCUGGAGAUCAGUGAAAAACAACAGAGAGAGAAACACAAAUACACCUGUACAGCCACACAUCUUAGUCUGGACAACAAACUGGAUGUCACUUUCGAGUAUGAUGGGACACUAUUAAAACCAGUGCUUUCCUCGGUGCUAACAGUUGUGGUAUUGAUGAUUGGGAUUGUGUUUGCUGUAAUUUUAUGUAAAAAGCUACAAGCAGCAUCUAAAGAAGGUGUCUCGAGUCCAAAAGUCUCUCUCCUCAUAAUCUCUCUGCGCUCACAGUCAUCUGAUGUCUAAUGACCUGCACAUGUCACAGUCACCUUUACAACCAGCACACACUCCAGUUUACUCCUUGUCUGGCCUUAAACAGACACAUGACACAGACCCUCACAUCAUGACAACUUAAUCACCGUUAUACUAUGCUCUGUCAUCAUGCCUUGCAUCCUGUCAUAUGUCUGUAAGCAUCUGACAUGGAUCAAAAUAUAAUCUGCAUUAAUAAUCUCCUUUAUUGUAUUCAAUUUGCCUCUCCAUCUCUUCUCACCGUGUGUAUAAAGUUUGCUGUUAUUUACUUCCUGUUGAACAUAUGUUUUGAAUGUGUUUAUUUUUGUCCUUCUUUUAUGAUGCAAGACUGAAGAGACUGU